AUGUCAUUUUUAAAUCGCCUGGGGCUUGCGGCACUUCAUUUCGCGAGUCAUUUUUGGAACUUUUCAUUUCAAAACAUGGUCAAGUGGCUGAAAGGAUGCUUUUUCAAAACAAUUAUGUUUAAAACAACUCAGCAAUCAUGCCAAGAGGCUGCAUUUAAGUCAAACCAAAGCCGAUGUCAAGUUUGUCUAUUUCAUUCAUUAUCGAAAAUUGUCCUAUUUCUUCUUAACGCCUCUCUUUUAGAAAUAACACCAUUUGAGAAUUUUACCUUUUCUGAUAAAGGCAAUUUGAGAAAAUGA